UCUUCCUCUAAGAGUGGAUAAACAGCCUUAAUUCAUAAAAUUACAUAAGAGACUUUGAAGCCAAUAAAAUGGCUCCAUUGACGAUAAUAGUGGUGUUUUUUCUCUGGGUAGGAUCACUGCUUAUGGUUCAAGGUGGAGAUCCCACCAUUAGUUUCGAGUGGAAGGUCACUUAUGGCACUAUAUCUCCUUUGGGUGUUCCCGUAAAAGGUAUUCUUAUUAACGGGCAAUUCCCUGGGCCAAAUAUGAACUCUACCACCAACAACAAUGUUAUAGUCAAUGUGUUUAACAACCUUGAUGAGCCAUUCCUUUUGACAUGGAGUGGCGUGCAGCAUAGGAAGAAUCCUUGGCAAGAUGGUGUGCUUGGAACCAACUGUCCUAUCCCCCCCGGGACGAAUUACACCUAUAAAUUCCAGGUGAAGGACCAAAUUGGCAGCUUCAUGUAUUAUCCAGUGACGGCUAUGCAUAAGGCGGUUGGUGGUUUCGGUGGCCUUCGUAUUAACAGUCGUUUACUCAUUCCUGUCCCCUAUGCUGAUCCAGCUGAUGACUAUACUAUCAUAGCAGGAGAUUUUUUCAACAAGGGACACACCACCCUCAAGAAAAUUCUUGAGAGCGGUCGCAACCUUGGUAGAUGUGAUGGUGUCCACAUUAAUGGAAAAGUUGCUAAAGGUGAUGGUAGCGAUGAACCUCUCUUCACCAUGGAAGCAGGCAAAACCUACAAGUAUAGGAUUUGCAAUGCGGGUAUCAAGACAUCUCUGAACGUCAGGUUCCAAGGCCACACCAUGAAAUUGGUUGAGAUGGAAGGUUCCCACACAGUGCAAAAUGACUAUGAAUCCCUUGAUGUUCAUGUUGGACAGUGCUUCGCUGUGCUUGUUACAGCCGACCAAGAACCAAAGGAUUACUUUGUUGUGGCCUCUACCCGUUUUACCAAACGCGAGGUUACAGCAACUGGUGUCAUCCGUUACACCAAUGGCAAGGGCGCACCCUCACCUAAGUUGCCACCACCACCAGUUGGUUGGGCUUGGUCACUCAAUCAAUUCCGUACCUUCCGUUGGAACUUGACUGCCAGCGCUGCUAGGCCUAACCCUCAGGGCUCCUACAAAUAUGGUUCCGUUAACAUUACCCGUACCAUCAAGCUGGCCAACACUGCUCAAAAAGUAGAUGGCAAGCUUCGAUAUGCUAUUAAUGGAGCCUCCUAUGUCGAACCAACCACUCCACUAAAACUUGCAGAAUACUACGGCGUAGCUGACAAGGUUUUCAAGUAUGAUACCAUUUCUGAUGACCCACCAGCUGAGAUCACUAAAGUAACCAUGGAACCUGUUGUCCUCAAUUUGACACACAGAAACUUUAUGGAAAUCAUCUUCGAGAAUCGCGAAACAGCCAUCCAGUCUUAUCACCUGUGUGGCUAUGCCUUCUUUGCUGUGGCUGUCGAGACUGGGCAAUGGAGCCCUGAGAAGAGGAAGAACUACAAUCUUCUUGAUGCCGUGAGCAGACACACCAUACAGGUUUUCCCCAAGUCCUGGGCAGCUAUCCUAUUGUCAUUCGACAACUGUGGAAUGUGGAACAUCAGGUCAGAGGUAUGGGACAGGCGUUACCUUGGGCAACAGCUUUAUGUUAGUGUUGUUUCCCCUAACAAAUCACUCAGGGACGAAUACAACAUGCCUGAGAGUGCACUAGUUUGCGGUGUUGUGGAAAGCAUGCCAAGGCCACCACCAGCUUACACCUAGUUUAAAGCUUAUAUAAACCUGGAACCAGUUCUGCUUCAAAUGCACAUAAAACGGCCUUUGUUGUGACUAAUGCUGACUUUUCCAAUAAAUUAAUUUUCUUGAUGUAAUCAUCAUUCAGCGUACUAUUUGUCAUUCAAUAAUAAAUUCUUUCAUUUUUUCUAUUUAAUGUGUGUGUGAAAUUUA